ACCGCUGCGAGGGCGGUGCGGCCUGGGCUGCUGGGCCCCUCCCGCCGCCGCCGGGCUCCGGCCGCGUUCGCAGGCGCUCUGCCGUCCGUGUGGCGGGUGAGUCGUUUGCCUCUGCUGUUUUGUGAAGGUAGGAAAUGGCCAAGCCCUUGUGGAAGCCGUCCCGGAGGAGUCAGGUCAACUUGAAGGAACAAAUAAAAGAGAGAAACAAGAAAUCGGCAGGGCUGGGGAAAGCCUGCGAGCCCUCGUCUACAAGUGUCAGCGGCACGAUCAGCAGCCCCGCGCAGCUGAAGAGCAUCCAAGCCAACAACAGAGCUCUAGCGCUGGCUUUGCAGGAAGAGAAGCUCAAAGUGAGAGAAGCCCAUGAUGCCUUUCUGUUGUUAAAGGGAGAGAAUCAAUGCCUGAAGUUUCAGAUCUUUUGUUUACAAGCACUGCUUCAGUCACAGCAAUUGCAGAAUGAGGGAAUGUUUCCUUCAGUGCCUGUAAUGAUUCCUGUUGUCACUGGACAAGAGCAUUGUGCGGGAAUUCCACAGCAUACUGUGAAACUUGGAGAAAUCGCUGAGAGUAAGAUGAAGGCCACAACAGAUGACAGUAAGCCAGAUGGCUUUGUUUCAGAGGACUGCUGUGAAUCUACCAGUCUCUAUGCCAUAGAGGAAGUAGAAACAGAGUGUGGGGAAUCUUUUGAGCCUUCUUGUGAAUGUCUCCAGAAUGUUCCUGGCACGGCGUGCUCCCACCUCAGCACUGGGGUAACAGCACAUGAAAGGCCACUACCUCUGAAACACGGGCAGCGUGGUCCCAGGAACCGUGAAGCUUAGAAGAGAUGCUUUUGCAGACGAAUAUUGUCUGACGGCUCCAACUCUCCAGCAUA